AUGACACUUGUUCCCCUUGCAGUUACAAUUCGAAUACGGAUUGAUUGUGAGACCAUCCCAGACCCUUAUCCGGGACAUGAGAAAUUAGAGACAGUGGUUGUAGCCAUGCAGGGUACCCAAGCUUGUGGCGACGAGCUGGUAGUUACUGGAGCACCAGAAGGAACGCCUGAAGGCACACAAGAUACCCAGGCCGAAAGCCACGAGAUGGUAGUUACUGAAGUUAAGCGUAGGGCAGUGGAACCUGUUGCAUCUGCUGGUCUACCACUCGUGGGAAGAACAGAAAGUGUCGAAGAAGCAAGGAGAAAUAAUUUUCAACGUCUGGCUCGGCUUUUGAUAAGUGGAGGUACUCUGCUAUUGAGGGAGGUUUUUGACAUCAAAUGUCCUCCAAGUAAUCUUCCUACAAUACUUCAGAAUCCAGCCAAAAGGAGGCUACUUAAGGCAGCAAAGCUCAGCAAAUCACAGAGGGACUGCCUGUACCCCUCUCCAGGGAUGUAUGGAAAGUCAACAGACUUUGAUAUGACUCUCCUUUUCCGGUUGCUGAGGACGAUAUGCGGAUUCGCCCCUCCUGCCACGGGCUGGGAUUGUUUACCUUCAAGUACAGACCACAGCUUUGGAGCUGAUUUAGCGAGAAUUAAAUAUUACCGCAAUUCGAUAUAUGGUCAUGUGAACGAGAACAUGGAAAUAGCAGAUGAUGAGUUUUCAAGUCUUUGGAGAGAAAUCAGCGAGGGUCUGGAGAGAAUUGCGGGUCAUAUCAGCCCUGCAAAGGCAAGAGAAUGGAAGAAUGUUAUUGAUACAUUUUUAAAAGAUCCCCUCACAGAGGAAGACAAGAGACAUGAGCAGGAAUUGCAGCGGUGGUACCAAAACGAUAGAGAAGUAAAGAAAUACCUGGAAAAAGCAGAAUCUUCAAUGAAGCAUUUGGAGAAAGAAGCUCAAUACUUAAGACAAGUGGUUCGAGAAGAAGCCAAAGAUAUUAAAGAUGAGCCCGGAGCGAAAGAAGAAUCUAUAGCCGAAGAAGUGCAGCGCUUAACACAUGACAUCAAAGAUAAGCUUGGAGGGAAAGUAGAAUCUACAGCCCAAGAAGUGCAACGCUUGAGGCAAGAGUUUCGAGAUGAAGGCCAAGACAUCAAAGAUCGAUUAAACGCGGCUGGCCAAACCAAUUCCUCAGCUAGAGUUAGAAUUCGAAUGCAGAUUGAUUGUGGUAGUAACCCAGACCCUCAUCCACGUAACCAAGCUUGUGACGACGAGCUGGUAGUUACUGGAACGUCAGAAGGAAUGCCUGAAGGCACACAGGAUACCCAGGCAGGAAGCCAAGAGAUGGUAGUUACUGAAGUUAAGUGUAAGGCAGUGGAUCCUGUUUCAUCUGCUAGUCUACCACUUGCGGGAAGAAGAGAAGAAGAAAAAGCAGGUGUUGGAAGCGAUGAUGUUGCACCCUCCGCACAAAGAGUUAUGAAUUUUAUCGCGGACAAGUACUUUCAGACAAUUGACACAACCAAACCUGAGGAAUUAAAUGGUUUUGUACGGUAUUUAAAAGAUGUGCGCAAAGUUCUGAUCUUGGAUACUCAAUCAGGAAGUUUGAUAUUGAUAGCACUAUGUAGUUCAUUGGAGAUACUGGAUGCCCUGUGGUAUGACUAUUGCGCAGGUCACCUGAAUAACAUGGUACAGAAACAUCUUUUGACAAAGGACGUUCUGAAGAAGUUUGACUCGACCGAGAUGAAACUGACAAUAACUAUUGAGAGGGAGGAGUACAUCACCGCACGAAAGUUUUUUCUUCAGGGUUCAGGUGAGCACAUACAAAGUGUUUUGGAGAGCUGUCUUCAACCGAAUAAAUAG